CUUAAUCUUUUAACAUUCCAAAAAAAUGUUCUGAUACAUUAUAAUAUAUAUAUACAUGAUGAAAUGGGAGAUUGUACCAUACAAGAAUUAGAAUAAAUCCUCCGAAAUUCACUCUUUUCCAUCAUCCCUCAUCACCGACAAUUUCUUCUCCAAGAAAAAACCCAAACCAAGCUCAGCACCCAAACCAACACAACCCCAUGCCAUGAACCCUAGUCUUAUCACCUCUUCCAAUAAUAAUCUAACUGAAGAAGAAAUCUCCAAGCUCGAGUCCAUCAUCCGAACCUACCAUACCUUUCCUUCAUCCUCAAACACAUGCACAUCUUUACUUACACAACGUAUCAACGUUCCCCUAAGUUUUAUAUGGCUAUUCGUUCGCGAUUUCGAAAACCCUAAUAAGUACAAGCACUUUAUCAAGAGUUGCACGAUGAAAGGAGACGGAAGAGUUGGAAGUGUGAGAGAUGUUACGGUUAUUUCGGGCUUACCGGCGUCGACAAGCACCGAAGUACUAGAGGUAUUAAAUGACGAUGAGCAUGUUUUGAGCUUUAGGGUUGUGGGGGGAGAUCAUAGGCUGAAUAAUUAUAGAGCUGUGACAUCGGUUCAUGAGUUUAAGGAAGGAGGAGGAGGAGAGGUAUAUAGUAUUGUUUUGGAGUCUUAUUCGGUGGAGAUACCUCAAGGGAACACUGAAGAGGAUACUAAGAUGUUUGUGGAUACUGUUGUGAAGUUGAACUUACAAAAGCUUGCAGAAGUAGCCAUGGCAGCAGCUUUGAAAACGCCUACAUGAAAUAAAGGUCCAUUGGUAGAUAAGCUAUAGCAUGGAGAAAGAGAUUGUGAUAAAUGUGGUGUGAUGGUAAUGAAAAUUUUACUUGCUCUCUCUCCCUAUUAAUUCCAUUCAAUAUGUCAGCUUUUUGAAAGUAUUGAAGGCAAUCUCAAACAUAACAGAAACAAAAUAUCAGACAAAAUACGUAUUAAAUUCACAAAAUUAUAUCAAACAAAUAAUGAUAUGUCGUCCUGAUAAUUUUUUUCUCUCAAAUAUGACUAUUUGACAUCAGUGAUAUAGAAUGUAUUUUUAUGUUUUUAUUACAUAUUAUUGCACCCAUGUUCUAAUUUUCUACAAAUAUCCGUAUCGUCGCAUCUGUGUCAUGCUCUCUACCCAUAUUGGAUGUUAG